AUGGUCCGGCACGUGAAAUUUCCCGUCUGCCUUGCGCCGGAGAAGGAACCGAGCGAAGGUGAAUUCGGCCUCGACUACGAGCCGGGUUCCCUGGCCGGCGCGCUGCAGAUCACCACUGCCAUCGCGCACUACUACCCGGAUGCGACCAAGCAGGAGACGCUGUUGACGAACGCAGCCUUUCAUUGCGACGACUCGUUCUUGACCUUGAAUCUCGAGACUACACGCGGCAUCCACGGGCUGCAAAGUUGGCCUGAAGGACCGCAGAUUCGGCGUUUCCGAUAUGACGAUGAGGCGAACUCGUCGGUGAUGAAUCUCUUUGUGGGUGGCUACCUCCAAGCGCUGUCCCAAGGCCGCUGGAGGAGCCUGCUACACUCAGGCUCAAACCCCAGCGAUGAGGAUCGGCUGUCCCUGACGAUCUUCCUCGGCAUACCGCAGCUGCACGAGGCUGCACGGUCCCAGCAUGAGGGCACACGCGGCGAGCAGGAACAGCAGGUCUUCAACUGGUUCGGGGAGGCUCAGCACAUGGACUCAUGGUCGGCCGGCGCGCGGUUCGACGAGAUACAGGAGAUGUACUCCCACGGUGAUGGCUUUCACCAGUCUGUGCAGGAGCUGCUCCGCAGACCUCGGCCCAUGCCAUCAAAGACGCGGGCACGGCAUCGGCAGGCGGUUGCCAACGCUCGUGCCAAGGCCGAGCAGACGGUGGCGGAAACAUCGCAAGCCCUUUCUGGGUUGAACACCACUCCUGCCCUCGGCUCACCGCCCAUCCAAGUAACAAGCAUCACUUGA